GUGCCCGGAUGGAGUCGCAAUGGCGACGGUUUUGUGCCGACCGCUGGCGGCGGUUGGGUUCCCGGGAGCGGCGGCAGCUGGAGCAGGGCCUGGGGGUCGGGGACACCCUCAGCGUGUGUGUGGGGGAGCUCCGCUCGGAGGACAUGGCCGUUUUAGCCCAGCUGAGUGCUCAGUACUCAACACAGAAAGAUCCCAGAGUUGAACUGGACUUCAAGCAACGGGGGAAUGCACUGUUCAAGCAGAAGGACUAUAUUCAGGCUGUGGCCUCGUAUUCAAAGGGGCUCCGCCACAGCUCCACACACUCUCCCCAGGCUGCACUGCUGUAUGCCAACCGCUCAGCAGCACUCUACCAGCUACAGCGCUAUCAGGAAUGUUUGGUGGAUAUUGAAAGAGCACAAGCGCACAAUUAUCCCCAUGAGUUGCUGCAUAAAAUCCUGGCACGUCGCACAGCCUGCUUACAGCAUUUGGGACAAGCUGAUGGAGCCUCUGAUCUCGGGAGCAGAGAGAAGCUGGGUGUCACAGCUGUGCCCAGGAUCCAGACCAAGCCCACAGAUCGCGGGGCUCCCUGCAGACAGACUAAAACCUCGAGAAUUCUGUGCAAUAUAUCUCCUUCCAUCGCCGUGCGUUCCGACAGUUCCCGGGGCCGCCAUUUCAUAGCAACUGAGGAGCUGAGGCCAGGACAGGUCCUGCUUCAGGAGGAGGCCUUUGCAGCUGUGCUGGUCCCAGAGGGAACCAGAAGGGAGCUAUUCCCCAAUGAGGAUGUGUACUGCCACCACUGCCUUGAGCAGACUGAGUUGCCUGUGCCCUGCCUGACCUGUAGCUUCAGCAGUUACUGCAGUGAGCUGUGUCAAGAGUGUGCCUGGAACCAGUAUCACUGGCUGGAAUGCAGCCUUGGGGGUCUCCUUCUGGCACUGGGCACGUUCAGCCAGCUCGCACUCCGCACUGUGCUGCUGGCAGGUCUGCAGCAGGUAGAGAAAGCCGAGAAAUUGGAGAGUGGAGCUGGUCAAUGGCCAAGUGGUGAAUGCAGCGUGAGGAUGAACCCAGACCACAGAGUGGAACUGAGCAGUUGUUCUAGGACUUCAGGGGCUGGCGAUGAGAUGCCCAGAGAUUCUCAGAGCCGUUACCAGAUGAUCCACAGUCUGCUUACCCACACCAAAUGGCAGACGCCAGAGCACCGUUUCCUCUGUGGUCUCACCACAGCAGCUGUGUGCCAGGAGAUCAGACGAAUGGGGCUGGAGUCGCAGUUGGUCAGUGAGUGGCUGGAGCUGGAUGCAGUUAGUGUGCAAGGCCAGGGACUGAGGAUACUAGGAGUGGCACUGCUCCGACAUCUCCUCCAGCUGGGGUGUAAUGCUCAGGCUAUUACUACAUUCAGAGAUACAGGAGUUGGACAUUCCCAUGUGACAGAGAUGGAAGAGGUCAGGAUUGCAACUGCAUUCUACUCUACAGUCAGUCUGCUGAACCACUCCUGUGAACCCAACACCAGUAUCACAUUCCACAACACCACCAUCACUGUGAGAGCAUCCCAGCACAUCCCAGCAGGCCAGGAAGUACUGCACUGCUACGGGCCACACUUGAGCCGGAUGGCAGUGAGAGCACGACAGCGGGCCCUGAGAUUGCAGUAUUUCUUUCACUGUCAAUGCACUGCCUGUGUUCGUGAGGAGGGCACUGUUGGAAUGGACUCAGUGCUUGGCCAAUUCCUCUGCUCUCACUGUGGGAUGGAGUUACAGGAUUCGGAGGAGGCUCACUACACAUGCCCAACCAGCUCCUGUGGUCUCAUCAUCUCCAAACAAGCCCUGUUCCAACAAGUGAAGGAAGUGAAGGGCCAGAUUGGGGUUGCCAGGCACCUGAGUACUCAGCAUCCAGAUGAAGCCCUUCGAUUGCUGUGUGAGUGUCAGCAGCUGGCUCACACCCUCCUGUCCAACCGACAUCCAUUGCAGGGAGAGAUCGAGGACUGCCUGGCACAGGUUUAUGCUUCUCAAGGCAAUUGGCUAGCUGCUGCUCAGCACCUGAGGAAGAGCAAGGACUUGGUGCAGAUUCGUUAUGGAGCCCAGAGUGUCGAACUUGGCAAAGAGCUCUUCAAACUGGCACAGAUUCUCUUCAAUGGGCAUGUCGUGGAUGAAGCGUUAACUGUUACUGUACAGGCUGAGAACCUGCUGUCACUGCAUUGUGGGGCUGAACAUGAGAUGGUGAUAGAGUUGAGGGAAAUGAAGUCCUGCCUGCGGACUCUUGCCAGCCAGUUUGCUGUGUCUCCCAACUUUAAUCACAAAGAGUGACUGGAUCCUCCAACUGAACAUUGGCUCCACCCAGGCUCAGGAUCACAACACUUUGCAUGUGAGGAAAUCCCAGGGGAACACACCAGAUACCAUUUAGUCAACUGAAGGGUCGUUAUUACUGAACCUGUGCUCGAGCUACCGAUGAACCGGGCAAAGCUGCCUCCUCACAGUUAGAGUCUGCCAGAUGUUUAUAAAAAUAAACUGAAAUACUUGAAAUUCAUUAAAUAGCUAAGCAUGUCAGA